AUGUGCAUUGCCUUCAAAUUAUUUGAUGUGGAUGCAACUACAAGAUUUCAUUUCAAUGGAACAAUAAUUUGUCGAACGCCACUGGAAGGAUCAUUUGUGCAGAUGCUUGCAGUUUAUGAAGAUGAUUUAACCUCUGAUGACUUGCUUGGAGCAACCACAAACUUCGUCCGAACUGAGACUGGAAUGGCCUUUAGUAUCGAUGUUACGGAUGAUGGUGACGGAGCAUAUGAUACCGACUACGAAAUAUCGUUUCUCAUCAAACACAAUUGCACGCAUAAUGGAGAAACUAUAGAAACUAGAGUGGAAGUUAAAAGCUUUCCGGUUGUAAAUGGAGAUCUGUAUCACACUGAGCAUGUUAAUUUGUCUCGUUUCCUGGACAACUGUAUUUUAAAAAAUUGA